AUGAACAACUUCAAUUUAUAUCUUCGGAAAGAACGACCCGUCGAAGAAAAUCCGAAAGCAUAUCGGAAAAGCGACCUGACAAAGACUGAAAAUCCAAAGGCAAAUUCAAAAUUUUCAGUAUCUUUCAGGAUCGUUCAGGAAGAAACGGCCUGUCCCAAGGUCGAAAUCCAACCUUUCAGGAAGAAACGAUCUGUCCUUCAAGACCGAAAAUCCGAUUGUUUAGGAAGAAACAGUUUGUCCCAAGGCAAAAAAUCCGAAGGCAUAUUUGGUCUGUGUCUUUGUAAGAAACGACUUGUCCGAGACCAAAAAUCCGAAGGCAUAUUCGGUUUGUGUUUUCAGGAAGAAACGACCAAUGCCGAAAAUCCGAAGGCAUAUUGGUGA